AUGCCACAAUUCGGCGCAACAUUCGUUCCUGGAGGGUUCGACGACUAUUACAUGCCCGAGGUCGUUGCACCUUCGCCUCAGCGUGUGACGCCCCAGGUCCCCCAGAACAUGCAAAACGACCUGCAGCGCAUGGAACUUGAAGCCCGCGAAGUCGACCCGAGCCGAACUGCCUCCAACAUUACCAACCGUCACGGCCGAGAACCGUCGCUGUCCUCGGUCCUCAAGCCCGCCGUCCCUGGCGCGCCCGCCUUGCCACCGAAAGGCGACACCAACCCACCCACCGGCGGCGCAUUCUCGUCCGACUCCUACAAACCCUUCCAAGAGAGCAGCUCGAGCGGCAACCACCACAAGAUGCGGCCCAGUGCGGCGCCGUCAUUCUCCCCCUUCCCUAAAGUCAAAGGCGACAACAUACCCCCGACAGACGAGGAAAAGGAGGAGAUCCUGUGGAAUGCCCGCGAACAUGUCCUGCACUCCAACAAUGUCUCCAUGCAGCUGUCAUGGGCCCGUGACACCUUGGCCUGGGCUGAGAUUGUCAUGGAAGCCAGAGCCAGAGACCCGGACAGCGGCCGCCAAACGCCGAAGGUCGAGCACGAGCUGCGUACCGACGCAAUCAACAUCGUCAACUACCUUGUAGGCCAAGAGCACCCCGAGGCCCUCUUUAUGAAGGCGAAAUGGCUCGAGUUUGGCAAAUUCGGGUGCCGCCCGGACAAGCGGGAUGCGUACACAAAGUACCAGCGCGCGGCAGAGCUCGGCUAUGCGCGUGCAGAGUAUCGUCUGGGCAUGCUGUUCGAGAACUCGAACGACUACAACAAAGCGGUAGAGCACUACUACCUUGGCGUGCGACUCAAGGACUCGGCGGCCAUGUACCGCUUGGGUAUGAUGAAUCUGCUCGGCCAGCACGGCCAUCCGAAAGAUUACCAGCGCGGUCUGGACCUGAUCAGGGAAGCUGCAGAUCUUUCGGAUGAGGAUGCGCCUCAGGGGUCCUACGUCUAUGGAAUGCUCCUUGCCAAGGACCUUCCUGACAUUGACGUCCCUGAGGCCUUACUCCCCGCAGACUUGACGCUGGCCAAAAUGUACAUCGAAAAGGCUGCUUACCUCGGUUUCGCCAAGGCCCAGCUGAAGAUCGGCCAAGCUUACGAGCUCUGCCAGCUUGGAUGCGACUUCAACCCCGCUUACUCGCUCCACUACUACGGCCUUGCCGCCCAGCAAGGCCAGCCCGAGGCGUCACUUGGUGUUAGCAGAUGGUUUCUGUUUGGAUACGAGGGUAUCUUCAACAAGAACGAGCAGCUUGCGUUCAAGUACGCGCAGGAUGCGGCCAACGCCAAGUUGCCGACUGGCGAGUUCGCAAUGGGCUACUACUAUGAGAUCGGCGUUUACGUACCUAAGGACUUGCGUCAAGCCAGAUUCUGGUACGAGGCCGCUGCCGACCACGGCAACAAGGAUGCCAGAGGCCGACUCGACGCCUUGGAUCACGAGAAGAGUCUGACCAAGGCCGACCACGAGACCACAACGCUCACGAGAAUCAAGUCGCAACAUGGAUCCCAGCGCGGCAAGCGACCCGACCGCUUCAAGGCGCCAAGUGCCAUGCCGACUGUUUCGGAGAGCGCGCCGGCCACUCCCACCGACGCACACCACGGAUAUGCGAGUGGUUCAGCCAAGACGUCACCUCAUCCGUCUCCGAGAGUACACCCUUCCCCUGGGCAAGACCACGCUGAUUAUCCCGACCCGUCGCGGCCCAGUAGUAUGGGCAACAGACCAUCGGCAUUCACUGUCAACCUCGAUGCCAAUUUGGCAAUCCGUCCCAAAUCGGCGGCUCCCUACCCCGAAGACGACAGGCCCGCGCCCCUUAACCUUAACAGACCCAAGUCGACGGCUCCUUACCCCGACGACGACCUCCAUGGCCGCGGACCUGGCCCUCAGCUCUCUCCUCACUACAACACUGGCGGCCGUCCUCCUGCCGGCCCUCACUCCGAUCGCCCCGGUAGCGCAUUUGGGAUCCGCACCGGCCCUGGCGGCCCUCCGGGACCCGCAGGCAACAUUCGUGCUUCGCAGUCCAUGGGCAACAUGAUCCCUCCCGCCGGGUCCGACCCGCGCGGUCGUGUACCAGUCGGGCCGCCUUCCGGGUACCGCCAGCCUAGCCCAGGGCCCGCACCCCGACCACCCACAACACAGCCUUACCCUGUCGCGGGUGGCCUUCCUGCCAACCCUGCCGCAAACAAGCUCGCAAAACAGAACCCUUAUGCCAGACCCCAACCCCAACCUUCACCGCCGUUUCAGCAAGGAAAUUACGGACCGGGCGACUACGGCCAGCCUGCACCACUGCCGGCACAGCCUGGAGGCUACGGCCCGAGAACGUCGUCCAUCCCUCCCGAGCAGUAUGGAGGAUACGGCAGAGGCGGCGGCGGCGGCGGCGGCGAACCUCUGCGUGUCGAUUCGUUGCCGCUAAGUCCCUCGGGUCACCCGCCGCUAAGUUCCUCAGGCCACCCGCGUCCUCAAGCUGGUCCCGGGCCGGCUGGCGCGCCCAGGCCUUUCCCCAACCGGCCAGACCUUGCUGAUCAUCAGCCUGGUCGCACAGGCAGCGCGCCGCCGUCAUCGCAGCCGCGACCCCAGCAGAAGCCUAGCCCUGCUCCCAGUGCCCAAACGAUGCCUCCUCCGAAGAAACAAGCAACAGGCCAAGGACCUGCGACGUUUGAGGAGAUGGGCAUUCCCAAGGGCAAGGAUGAUUCGGACUGCAUCGUGAUGUAA